UGAGGUCAGUUCCGCUGCACGCUAGCGGGCUGCUGCACUCGGCGCAGGGCGUGGAGCCGCGUCGGCGCGCUGCGAGCGCGCGUGGGGGGCGCAGGCUCACCCACGGAGGUGCUGCAAGUUGAGAGAAUCCAGUAGAGAACUGAAAAUAGUUUUAUGGUUACAGAACUUGAAGCAAUACUUAUUCAUAACGAUAAAAAUACACACUCUCCAGAGCAGUUGCGUGAAUGAUAGCUAAGCAACACAUUUGAGAGACUGUCACUAUAAAAAUUGUUUGUGUCCAUUGCCGUUGUAUUUGACUAAACUGGCAAAGAGCCACUUGUUUUGAAAUGCAGAUAAAGAAAAUGAGGGAAAUUUUACCAAAACUAUAUACAAGCCAAGUUGAUGACAUAAAUAAUUCUUUGACUACAUCUCCAAAGCAAGCCAAUGAGGAUGAAGCAAAUCAACCAAAAGGGACUGAAGGCCAGAAUUGUGUCUAUCAAGGGGCUGAAGUUGAGGAUAAGCUGCCAUUGGUCCUUUGUAUAAAGUGCAGAAGUGUGCAAAAACUUCCAGUGCAUGACUUACUAAAGCAUAACAAACCCAGGCAGACUGAAGACAAAAACUUCAUUUGCAGCAGCUGCAGUCUGAAUACGCCACCAACUUUCCGUUGUGUAGCUGACAAUGCCGUUGCCGUAGAUUUAGAAAAUCAAGAAAAACCAUCCCUAAGUAAAACUCAGAAAACAUUUAAAGUAAAAAACUUUCAACCAGAUAAAUAUUACUGCGAUAAAUGUCGAUUUUCAACAAAGGAUCCUUUGCAGUAUAAAAAGCAUGUAGUUCAACAUGAAGAGAUUAAAUUUGUUUGCUCCCACUGUAACUAUGUAUCCUACACCAAAGGAGAAUUCCAACGGCAUUUGGUGAAACAUACUGGAACUUUUCCAUAUCAAUGUGAAUACUGUGAAUAUGGUGCUGUUAGACAUGAUUAUAUAGUAAAACAUACCAGAAGAGUACAUGAAACAGUUACUGAGAAGGGGCCAAUGAAUAUGGUUACAAAACAAGAGCAAAAGAGAUCUUGCUUACCAAAGAGAAGCACUUUGUUUUCUGAAAAGCAGAAGUGUGAUCAAAAAAUUCCUCUUCGUAAUGAGCCUUCAGAUUUAUCAUCAAGUACAACUUGCAGCAAAAUGCAAGAUGAAAUGAACAAAACAGUUUGUUUGUCUGGCGAUGUAGAAUGUAGCCUAGGUACAGUAUCAGUCCGAGAUAAAACUGUAUUGGAACCAGCUGAAGUAAACAUAUAUGAGAACCAAAAUGUGGAAGUUGAAGUUUAUUCCCCCAAAAAAGAGCCUGUACAGCCUGGAAUGCCAUUAACAGUGAUUGCACCUUCAGAACUUGUAGUUCCUUCUAACUGCUUAGCUCAGUUAUUAGACAUAAAAAUAGUGAAUGGCACACAGCAGUUGGUUCUUAAACUUAUUCCUCUGAAAGAAACAAGUAAUAAACCUAUAAACUGUAAAGAAGAGGAACUCAGGAAUCAAGGUGAAGAGCAAACAGAGAAAGGAAAAAGAAUAACUUCUGUUGCUCAAAAUGAAUUAACCACUGAAGCAACUGUAAAUUUAUCUAGUGUUAGUAACAUGCUUGCUUCGGAUAAUAAAUACAAAAAGAACUCUGAAUGUCUUAAUUCCUCCAAUUCUGACUAUAACUCAAAUGUACUUAGGCAGGAUAAAUCAAGAAUAAGUUGUCCUAAAUCGUCAAAUAAGGAAAAAUAUGCAAAAAAUAAUUUAUACUGUUCUAAAGAGACUCUGGACAUGUCCACAUGUGCAUAUGCUGCUUCCUCUGAAGGUGAUAGAUCCCAGACUGUUUUGUUGCAGGCAGCUCAGAAGAGCAACAGUUCCUCUUCAUCUCCUGCCCUUGGAGAAAAGGACAUAUUGCAUUUAAACGGUGAUGACAAAGAAUGCAGGAGCCAGAUCAUUAGCUCUCUGGAAACACAUUUGUUUGAUACCUGUUUGGUUAAAGAAUCUUCUAAAACUUCUCAAGGAUGGGGAGAGUUCUCUUUAAAUAAAAGUGCAUCUUUAGAGGAAUCAAGUGAUGGCUUAAGUAAAUUAAACAGAGAGAACUCUGAUUGUCAGAAUAAUCCUUUAGAAGCUUUAGAAUUGCAGAAUGUAGAAAAUAAGGACAGCCCUCCUGAGGGUCCUGUCAUUUCAUCUGUAUUUUCCCUUAGCUCUGGGGCUGAAAACAUCCCAGAGGGAAUCAAGUGGGAUAAUACUGCAUGCAAUAAAAAGUCAACAACAAUGUUGUGUAGAAAGAUUGCUCAGUUGAUGUCCGCUGCUGAGUGUAAUGUGAAAUCUACAUUGGUUGCUUCACCUAUGCCUGUUAGAUGUUGUGCUUCUAAUAAGAAGAUGCCUUUGCCUCAGGAAACUUUAGCAAACUCUGAAAAAAAAGUCCCUGCUACUGAAUUGGAACAAUUUGCAUCUUCACUUCAAACACUGCAGAAUGGUGGGAUUGGUAAUGAACUGUAUAAUAAACAACCACCACAAUCACGGUCAACUACAACAAAAACUAAAAGUAGAAUGACUAAAAACACUCACAUUGCUACUCCAGUGUUCAUUCCAAAAGGGACAGUGCUGAGGGUCCUGAAUGUCAUUAGGAGUGAGAACACAAAAGAAGCAGGAGAUAAGAAUGAAAUGUCAUCUGCUACGAUGUGUUGUAACGAAAUGUUUCUACCACGACCAGUUCCUUUCAGCAUUUCUGAGAAACUUAGCAGUAACCUACCUUUGCCAAAUGAGAGUGAACUUAAUGAACAGUCCAGAAAUCAAAAUAUGUCACUUAGGCACAGACCAAAAAGAGAGGCUAAUGCAAAAAGUAAUAGCAAACAAAAUUUUGUACUACUGCAUCAAAAAAGUGAUGAGCUAAGUAAGCAGAGCAAACUUACUUCAAAGGAACAACUUGUACCUAAAAAUAAGGUAAAACAAGCAAAGUCCAGGGAUUUUUUGUCUAAGAAGAAAACAAGAAUUUACUCAGAAACCAGUUGCAUUUCUGAGGCGAUGCCUCUUUUGACAUCAAGGCGUCUUAGACUUGUACCACUUAGAGAACAUCAGUUGAUAAAAUGUCCUCGUCGUAACCAGCCUGUAGUUGUGUUAAAUCAUCCUGAUGUUGAUUCAGCAGAGGUAAUUAAUAUAAUGAAAAUUGUCAACAAGUAUAAAGGCAAUAUUGUGAAAGUCGUUUUAUCAGAAAGAACGAGUAGUUGUCUUGGUGUGAAACAGUAUAAUAAACGGCUUACAUUUCAGAACUUGGAAACAACAAGCCAAAUGAAAAAGCAGAACUUUUUAAAAAUGAAGCUAAAAAAGAACCAUAAAAACAACUACCGGGUAGUGAAAACUUCACCAGCUAAAACACUGCAGUGUAUGUUUAAGUGUUGGUUUUGUGGAAGGAUAUAUGUAGACCAGGAAGAAUGGAUAAGUCAUGGACAGAGACAUUUGAUAGAAGCAACCAAAGGCUGGGAUGUUCUUUUUCUUCCUCUAGAAAGCCACAAGUGAGAAACUGUCAAUUUACUGCUCUUAUUUUAAUAUGAGUGCCAUUAAUUUGUUUGGAAAGGGAGACAGAAGUAAAUAUUUUACUGGAGGGUUUUUAUAUUUGGCAGGUGGGAGAGUGGUAAUAGGAAUUAUAUACUGUAUGAGAAGCCAGUCUUGAGCACUAAACACUACAUAGCACUCUGAUGCCUGAAAUAAGUGUUAUGGCUAUCCCUUGCUUUUUUGAAAGAGACCUGGAAAUGAUUUGCUCUGAAAACAUUCUAGUGUAAUUCUCUUCACUAGGACACUAUAUGCAGUAACGUUAUGUUGUGAAGUCAGUAGGGAUUUAAAAUAUCCAACUAUAUGACCUGUGUGAAAUUAAUUGAAUUCAGUCUAAUUUUACUACUAUAACUUAGUGGUUCAGAGAUCAGGCAUAAGUUUAAUGAAGAGCAUCUUUGACUCCUAUGAAUAAAAAUGUGUGCAUCAUAAUUUAGUAGCAAAUUAAAAAAAAUGCCAUAGUGGGGAAAACUGGUGCUGAAUCUGAUUAAACUCCAAUUUUAAGGAACAGAAGUAACUCCACUGAGUUCAGUGGAGCUACACCAGUGUAAAUGAGGAAUUGGUGAGAUCAGAAUCCCACUUGGUGGAAUGGCAAUGAAAGCUUAAUUCUGUGUUGUACAGUCGGGCCAAGUUGUGUCUUGUGCCACACAAGUGUGAGAGGGGGAAGAGGAUACAGGUGACUACUUACUGUGCAAGCAAGCAGAAGCUCAACUUAAAGAGCUUGAAAUGAGGCCUGGCUUCUUUACUGGCUGGCAUGAUGUGAUUCUGAUGGAUUGUGCAUGCUGUAGGGCGUAAUGAUCAGUGCAAUGUGUAAUUCGAUUAGAAAUGUACACUUUCAGGAUAGAGUCUUUAACCAGGACCCCAGCCAGCCUAGCAGCUAGUGCAUAGAUAGGAAGAACUAGCUGGAGAACCAAAUUGCUGCUUUGAAAAAGAGAGAUUAUGUUGCAGAACUCUACAUUGCCAGUAUCCACGUUUUCAGUAGAAUCUUUAUUUUGACAUCCUAAAUUUGAAGAUUUUGCACGUUAGAAUCUAUACAUGUAAGCCUCAAUUCAGCAAGCUACUUACCAAUAAUAAUAAUAAGCACAUGCCUAAUCAACUCCCAUUGAUUGCUGUGUGACUACUCAGUGAAGUCAAUAGGAUGAUUCAUAUGCUAAGUGCCUUGCUGAAUGAAGGUGAGUUUUUAGUGGGGAAGGAGGAUGGUCGAUAGUGAAGUUUAAUAGUUGGCCACUGUACACGUAUAGGAUUUUCUUGGUUAUCUUGUCACAAAUUGUAAACCAUUUUAUUUUUUUAAAUUUCAUGUACAGCAAGUGAUGAAUUGAGUACAUAUUUUGCAGUCACAUUUCUACAGGUAAAAAAGUAAUUAAUUUGAUGCUGGAGAUAUAUUAUACAUUUGAAUUUUGUAUAAAUGCCUGUAGUUCCUAAUUGUUAACAGUGGAAAAACACAUUUUGUUAAAAAAAAAAAAUAAAAAGCAAAACCCCACAACCCCUUCACCCCCCACAAUAACCUACGAGUCUGGGAAUAUAUAUAUUUUUUUUUAUACUCUAGAAAAUUAAACAUGGUUUUGUUUAAUGUAUGUACUAUAUCUGUAUUGAAAUGUAAAUAUUUUGAAACGAUAAAGCACAUCUUGUGACUUGGGUCUAAUUUACAAAAAGAGUUAUGUGAAACUUUUCUGUCAGACCAUUUUGCAAUACAAUAUUAAAAUCUUCAGAUAUUUAGUGCUUUCAGAAAGGAGAUCUUGUAUUACUUUGCAACUUUUUGUAUCGUAGUAAAAGGCUAAACUGUUCAAUGGAAUACAGUUUGUAUUAUCUCUGGUUUUUUCAGUAAUGACAGUUCUUAUUUUGAAACAGGAAUUUAUAUUUUUUUAGACUGGAACAGUAGAGAUUUUCACUUUGUGUUCUUUGAAGCCAAACAUCAUAAUGUUUCAAUUUUAAAUUGUGAAAAUAAUUUCAAAUUCUAAAUCUGUCAUAUCAGAUUUUAAUAAAUAUUGAAACUGCUAACCUAUGAAAAACCACUUCUGGCCAAAUUCUUCCUCACUUACACUCAUCAACCCAGGCAGAUGUUUGAACCUGCUUUAGUUUCUGUAGAAGCUAUUAAAGAAAUACUUUUGAAUCCUCUAUUUGUUUGGCAAAAUAUGACUGACAUCUUUUAAUCUUUAAUCAAUUUUGUAUUCUUAAAAAUUGUGCUGCGUGCAGGAUUAUAAACAGAUUGUAGAUGGGUUUAGUGGUGUUUUUCUUUGCUUAUUUUAGUAAACAAAGACUCUUCUUUGUAUCUCAUUUGUUAAUCUACAUGUAACUGUUCUCCCUAUAUUAAAUUUACAAAAUAUAAGUGUUUUUGUAUUAACAUGAACAUUUUUAGUAAAUUGAAUUGUAUGGUGGAUAUAAAAAUUUGACAGCAGAUCUCAUGCCUUUUUCUCUUGCCAAGAACAUCCAAAUUCUGGCCAGAUGGGUGUGUCUCUAAAUUUUUAAAUUUAUUUAUUUAUUUAUUUAUUUUAUUGAUGUAAUAUUGUAUUUGGAUAGUUUUCCUUCUGGAAUUUUAAUAGCUUUGUGACUUGAGAUAAAGAGUGUGACCCAGAUUCUCUCUGUUCUGAGCUUCAUUUGAUGGAGUAUGCUCCAGGAGAGGCUGUCUGGGAGUUGGUUAUGGCUUUCUGAUUCUCAGGGCAGAUCUGCACCUUGAUGAGCCCAGUAGAAGUUAGAACAGGGGUUGGAAUACCCUAUUUGGGUUCUAUAACAAUUUUUUUCCUGCAUCCUGCCAGAAAAGAUACUCUUUCUUGUUUCUGAUUUGUUAAAGGACCCAUGAUUGAUUCUGUUUUCUGUUGCAUUUUAAUCAUCAGAAACAAGGUUUGCCCUAUACAUUCAAGCUGAAUUUAAACUACAGAAACCUUAUAAAUCUCAAAUAGCGUGUGUAAAAUCCUUUUUGUACAAACUUUAGUCUUUGUAUUUUUAAAGAGGCCAGAAUUAUGCUCUAGUCUAGUGCCUCUUGACUAUGAUUUUCUCUCAAGUUUGCAAAGGAUAUGAAUUCAGUGGGACUAAUUGCGUGAAUAAUCUUACCUCCAUAAGGGUUUGAAGAACUGGGAAUUAAAUGCAAGCCUCUGUUGCUGGAGCUAAAGAAUAAUUACUGUUAAGUCUUACUACUAGGGAUGACUGUCUCAUGGAGGCCAGCCCUAAAGUCUGAUCCAGUGGUUGUUGAAGUCUGUUGAAAGACUGUAAUUGAUUUCAUGGAUAUUGGAUUGGUCCCCUACUGAGCAGGUGAUUCCAUUGUUUAAAACCCACCUGUAGUCUGCACCAGUAGUGAAAUGGUUAAACAGUAGAAGUGCCAAGUUAGAUGCAACUUUUCUGAGUUUAAAUGAAGGAAUAUUUUGUAAUGCAAUUCUAAUAUAUUGCAUUGUUUUGUUUCAUGGAUUUAUUUUGUAGUCCUCGUGACUUUUCAAAUAACAGAGAGGUUUUGUUAAUAUAAGCAAUCAAACAAUUUAUCAAUUAUCAGCAAGACAGAGAAAAUAUUGCUCAGAAGUUAGCUGCUGUUCAUACUAGUUGUACUAUGACAUUUAUUUGAACAUGCCACAACGCCCUCUAUUUGAAGUUUCACUUUUGUAUAUUACUUAAUUUUAAUCACGCACAGCAGAGUACAAUUUGAUCUAAUCUCAUAUAUGAGAAAUCACAUUUCAUAGACAUUUCUCAAGAAUUAGAACUCUUCAUUGUAUUCGUGUUGAACUCAAAUCUAAUCUAAUUUCUACACAGAUUUUAAAUAUUAAAAGUGUUCUUAUUUUUACAUUUAUACAAACAGAUUGAAAUCACUUAGGGUAAGAAGCAUCUUCUGUUCAACUUAAAAGGAUGUAUAAGGUAACAUUGUUCUCUCUGGAUUCCAGACUUAUCCUUUCCAUCAAUAAGUAUAAUGGGAACACGUGUGUAGAAGUCAAUGAUUUCUUGCACAGAAUCAAACUUCUGAAAAACAUUAAACAAUUGAACACAGAAAUGCUGAAAAUCCUUAUCUUCUGAUAUGAAACAGGUACCUGGAUGGAGGCCUGAGGCUGGAUCACUUUAAGGAAACUGUGUUGUUUGGACUUCUGAGUAACCAGUAAGCUGAUACAAUUGGAGAAGACAGAGUCAAGUGGGAAGGAGAAGAACUUAAAAGAGAAGACAGGAGAGUCAGAAAGGAGGCUGCAGAGAGAAAUGGUUUGGUGUUUCGUCUUGCUGGGAAAAGAACCACAGAAGAGAUGCAGACAGUAUCUUACCACGUGGGACUGGCCUGGAAGUGAGAGGGCAGCAGAGAUAUCUCUUCUUGACAUGACAUUAAUAUGGCUGACACAUCUGCAUUCAGCACAACAAGUUACAGAAACAAGGAGAGCAAUAUUACAUGUGGCAAACUUAGUACAAGCAUUCUGGUCAGCAGAAGCAUCGGUCACAGGCAUUAUGAUCCUGAUGAAGCAAAACUGAAAUCAGUGGAGUUUAAGUCAAUGGGACAUGCUUAAAGUUAAUCAUAGUGAAUCCAAGUCUGGCUAUUUGGCACUGGAUGAAAGAGAUUGAAAAAAAUAUCACUGUGGCUGAAGAAAAACACAGAACUAUGAUAAG